AUGAAUUCCCAGCAAGUCAAUGAGAGUGGACAGCCCACACGUUUUGUCACGACGAACUAUCCAACAACAGUUGGUACACCAUCUUCAUCAUCAAAUACAGCAUCACCGUUCGAUGAUAAUAUGAAAGAAGAGACUCCCUUGAAAGGCGAUGCAACCGAUGGUAGUCAUAUUCCUCGGUACAUACCAUCGUCUGUUGUCGUUUUGUUUCGUUCAACGAUGUUUAUCACAUUCAUUGUCAUUAUCUCAAUUAUACCCAUUAUUCAACUGAUAAUUGGCACUCAUUAUAAAGGACAAUGUCCAAUAAAUCAACAUAUUCCAACUUAUCUGUUUGUAUCAGGUAUAUGUGGCAUUAUUUUAGUUCUCUGUUUUAUUAUGAUGAGUCUUACAUUCUUAUGUUUUUCCGAAAACUCGACUGCACUCAGCAUCGUAGCAUCAUGUGGUAUAUGUUUCAAUGUAUUGAUAUCCUCCCUAUUAAGUACAUUUUUAUUUAUCUGGUUCAUUUUUGGCUGUAUAUGGGUAUUUGGGGCCAAAAAACAUGUUCAAUAUAAUGAUAAAGGUUCACCAACCUAUUGUAAUGUUACACUUUAUCGAUUUUCAUUCUGGUUAUUAAUAUUAUCCAUUAUUCUCGUAAUACUACCAUGUAUUGCCUGCUGCUGUUCACCUUGUUUUGUACUAUGUCGAAAACCAAAGAAAGAAACGAAUCCAGCUUAA